AUGCUUACGCUCCAAGUUCGUUGCUUUAACGGCAAGAAGAUAAGUGUCGUACCUAAGAAGGGAGUACACACUUCUGUCUACGAGAUCCAGAAUGAGGUGGAGAAGAGCGCCGGGAUCCCGGUCACGAAUCAGAUGCUGAUGUACCGUGGGCAGGUACUCGAUAAUCCGCAGCAAACGCUAUCAGCGUACGGCAUUGAUGAAGCGCUCACUGAGGUUACUAUGAGCGUAGUGCGGAACGUGAGACCCGGUAUCACGGCUGACAGUGCCACAGUGUCGUCGUCGUCGUCGUCGAGUCGGGCGACGAAGAGCACAGCUGCGGGCGCCUCAAGCGAUUCGAGGAACUCGCGUACAGCCACGUCUGGGACGGCGUCCGCGGCCUCAGCCGGAACCGGAGGAGCAGGAGCAGGCUCAGGCUCACGGGCUGGCCUUGCUGACGUCGAGUCACUUGCGCGGCAACUGCGCAACCUGGGCACAGGUAGCAGCGGUCGAGGCUCGCGGAGCAGCGGCGCCAACCCAGCCAUGGCUGAUCCGAACGCGCUCCUGCAGUCGCUCCUCGCUGGUAACAGCGGCGCCGCAGGUGGCGAUCAGGCGGAUACCAUGAACUGGUUGCAGCAGAUGACCCAGUUAAUGGGCGGACUAUGGGAAUCGCCUGCAAUGCAGGAGUACCUCUCAUCUGCGGAGAAGCAGGAGGAGUCGCGCCAAGCGCUCCUUAACAAUCCUUUUCUGCGUCAAUGGAUGGAUGCGGAUCCGCAAUUUCGUGAAGUUGUGGAGGAUCCUCAGAAAUGGGCUGAGUCUAUGCGCGCUGCCAGAGAGCUAUUCGCCCAGCAGGGAGGUCUGAGUGCCGCCACCGAGGCAGCAGGUCAGACGAGUGGCGCAGCGCGCGCAGCUUCCGCACUCCAUGCAGCGGCAGGUAGCGACCGCAGGCAUCACGACGGUGUGCAUCAGACUUCAUCCCGGCUCAUGGUGGAUACCGGAGACGAUGAACGCGCUGACGACGCAGAGGCCGAAAAUCCCGCCAAGGAGAGUGCUCGGUUGCGAGAUGAGCGCACGCGCGAGCUCGCACGUGCUCAGGGACUGAAUCUCAACGAAUUAUCCAUAGGCUAUGGCUUUGCAUUGGGUCAGGCGUUGUUGAACUCGGGAUUCGGCCUCGAUCACGAGCUUGUGAUUCGCGGCUUUCGUGACGCGCUUGCCGGCAAAGAAUUUCCGGUUAAUAUCGCAAAAUACGAGCGACAGAUGGGCAUCCUACAAGGUAUCGCGAAUGAUGUCGUUGGUGAAAUCAAUUUGCAAGAGGCGGAAGCUUUCUUCGAGACCGCAAAGACAAUGCCAGAACUGUUUAAUGUCCUGGAACCGGAUCGUAUUGUCUGGGAGGAAGUCGACGACGCUGAGCCGUCUGCGACCGCAGGGGGCUCACACAAGAAAUGCGAAAGCGAUGACGUGAACGUCAUGAUGGUGUUGCAAGGCCGUCUAUUGGAUGGGCGCUUCUUCUUUACGUGCCCGUCCGAUGAAAACGGAGAAAUGGUGAAUCCAAUUACCAUGCGCGUGGGUGACGCUCCGCCUGCGCUCAGAAAGAUCGUUCUCGACAUGCACGAGGGCGAGGCGCGCACCGUUUACGUGCACCCGGAAAGCUGCGAGAAUAUGUCCGAAAUGUUCGGACAAAUGCUCCCGAAAAAUGCACUCUUGAUCUUCGAUAUCGAGCUGGUGCAGGUCGACGUACCCAUGGAAGAGGAAUGA